GAAGUGUGUCACUGUCCAUGGAGGUUGCGUGCAAUCAUGACUAAGUCGUUCUCAUUCAAAAUUGUACGAUAUGUUGGUCCACAUGCAAGCAAUUGUUUAGGAGACAUAACAUGUGGAGACCAUCCUCUCAUUUCAUCAGAUUUCGUUGCUGAUCUUAUCGAGGAUUUCAUUAGGACUGAUCCUUCAUUCAAAGUUCAGUCCAUCCUUACUUUUGUGAAGAACCAAUAUCAAUUUUCAAUAACAUAUAAGAGAGCUUGGUUAGCAAAACAAAAGGCAAUCAGCAAUAUUUUUGGUGAUUGGGAGAAGUCGUAUCAAGAGUUACCGAGGUACUUGCAAGCCUUGAAAGAGUCCAAUCGAGGCACUGUCGUUUACUGGAGUACGAUCCCAACACAAGAUCCUACUACGCACAUCUUUAGGAGGGUCUUCUGGGCCUUUAAACCCUCCAUUUCCGGAUUCCGUCAUUGUCGGCCUCUUAUCACUAUAGAUGGUACUCACUUGUACGGGAAAUACAAAGGCAAAUUAUUGAUUGCUAUGGGAACAGAUGCUAAUUUCCAGCUAUUCCCACUUGCCUUUGCUGUUGUGGAGGAAGAAAGCACGGAGGACUGGUCUUGGUUUUUAGCUUGCAUUAGACGUUCCGUCACAGAUAGAAAGGAUCUGUGUGUCAUCUCUGAUCGUCAUAGGGGUAUCCUUGCAGCUAUGAAUGAGCCUGGUAGUGGAUGGGAGGAACCAUAUGCACAUCACCGUUUUGUGUGCGUCAUCUUGCUUCGAACUUGAAUUCGAAGUAUAAGAAUGCUGCCAUCAAGAACCUAUUCGGAAAAGCUGCAUAUGCUAGGCAGAAAAGGAAGUUUUUGUACUAUAUGGAUCGAAUUGGCUCCAUUAAUGUCGAGGCAGCUAGAUAUCUGUUGGACAUUCCCCUUCAUCUAUGGUCUCUACAUCAUGAUGGUGGGUGUAGAUAUGGUGUGCAAACCACCAACAUGUCUGAAGUGUUUAAUGGUGUCCUAAAAGGAGCAAGAUGUCUACCGAUCACUGCUUUGGUAAGAAUGACAUUUUAUCGUGUCAAUUCUUAUUUUGCUACAAGGAGAGAAUUAGGUAGAAAAAGACUUGAGGAAGGCCAUGAUUAUAGCCCGAAGGCGACUAACAUCAUUGAAAAGAACAUGGAGAAGGCAGGUGCUCAUGAGGUGAUUGUGUUUGAUUAUGAGCGAGGGCUAUUUGAGGUCACUACUGGUCGUGGAGACCGUAUUGCGGGAAAGGUGGAAAGAAACACACGGUUAACUUAAUGCAGAAGACAUGUACAUGUGAGAAAGUCAUAAUAUAUAAGUUGCCGUGUUCUCAUGUCCUUGCGGUAUGUCGUCACCGGAGCUUGUCAUAUAGUGGUUUUGUGGACGCUUCAUUUCUGACUAGCUCGUAUCGAUCUACUUAUAUGUCCUUUUUCAAGCCUGUGCCUGAUAUGCAUAAUUGUUCUCCAUAUGAUGGUCCGAGAAUUAUAGCUGAUGAGAGGCUAAAACGUGGAGCUGGACGUCCACGGUCCACUCGAAUACAAAAUGAAAUGGAUGCAGCUGAUAGGUCUGGCAAAUAUAGAUGUAGCAUUUGUAAGGUUUCAGGACACAAUAAGCAAAGAUGUCCUAAUAAGAACGGUGAAGGAACAUCUGGGUCUGAUGGCGCAGUCCAUCUUUCCCGGCCCCACUGAUCGCAGCGUUCUCACCCUCCAGGACCAGCAUCGGAGUGAGGAUGUCUGGAGGGGAGUAGCGGACACGGUACUAUCGUGUCGGUUGCAUCAUCACAGUCUCUAUCUUGACUGGGAGAUUCACGAUAGGGUUCUUCGGUAU